AUGGACUUCAUCGUAAAAAUUGGUAUUGAUGGUCAUUAGUUCUUAUUGACUCUACCACCUGAAAAUAAACGGUAUUUAAUACAAAUAUCUUAGGUUACAAUACCUAUAAGAAUAAAUUUAAAAUGAAACAAAAGUAGAAGUGAAGAAUUAAUUACUUCUUACUAAAAAAGGAGUAAGACUGGAAGAUUUAAACUAAUUUGAUAUAGAUUAAUAAUUGCAAUAAACUGUUUAAUAAUUUCCAGAUGAAUAAAAGUUUUAUGUAAUAAAUUCUAUAAUAUUGGAAUAGACAAUUUAUUUAUUCGAUCUAAGUGAAAAUCCAGAACAGGUUUCGUUUCCAUUCCCUAAAUAUGAGCCUAAAAUGGACCUAAAAUAGUUGUUACUGUCAGAAUAAGCAAAAGAAACAUUAAUAAAUUUGAACACAAACAUCCUUAAUCAUGAGAAAAUAUUUUUUUAGCAUUUACAAAACUUAAAGAAUAAAUAUAUACCUUAUUAACAAAAAGUGAAAUAGUUAGAAAAGAUUGGGCAAGACUUGGAAAAUCAAAUAUAGUCAUUUGAUAUUGUAUUAAAAAUGAGUAGGACUACAUAUAAGAUAACAAAGGCAAAGAAAGAGGAGCUGACAAAAAAAUAAAAAGAAUCAUUAGAAAGAAAUCUAUAAACAGUGAAAAAAUUUGAUGACAGUUUGGAGUAGUUAAAAAAAAUAGAAUUACAUGCUGCUUUGCAAACAAAUUCAUAAAAAUAUUUAAGUGAUAUCUAUUAUAAACCAGAAUCCAUGUUGAAAUGGAAAAAUAGUUGUUUAAAUACUUAAUAAAAUUUAAAAUAAAAAAUUGACAAAUUGACCUAAGCUAUAUCAAAAUCAAAAUAGAAGAUUAAAAACGAAAAAACUGAAAACAUGACUCAAUGCUUAUCAAGUUAUAAAGCAAAUUAACAAUAAUAUUAAUAAUUCAUCCAAGAAAAUAAAUCGCUAUUAUAAUCUGUGGUCUAAUCCACUAUUGAUGGUAAAAAGUAUUUAUAUAAUAAGAAUACAAUACCUUAAGACAAUAUAUGAUUGAUUUUUCCUAGGACAUUAAUGAUGAACCAGCUAUGUACUAUUUAUCUUAGUUUGAAUUGUCUUAAGAGCAAUUAAAGUAAUUUGAAGAUGCUGUUAUUCAUUUAGGCGAUCAUUUAGAGAAAAGUAUCUUAUUUCCACAUAAUCUUAGCUAAAUAAGUAUUUAUGUAAUUCAACUAAUUAAAAUAAUAAAAUAUGUCUAAGAUUUUGAAAGUUUUUUAAAACUUAAGAGCUCUCGACAAGGAAUUUGAAUAACACAAUGAAAAAAUCAAACAAUAUGAUGAAGAGGUGGAGAAAAUGGAGAAAGAUUUUUCAUACCUUUUAAAUCCUGUUUUGUUGCCAUAGGCUUAUUAAUAGGCAUUAAUAGAAACUAGUAGAAGGAAAGAAUUUAGAGAUAUUUUUGAUAAGAAAAUUAAAUCUUUAAUGUCCUUGAUAGAUCAAGAAAAGGAUAAAAGGAAGAAAUUUUUAUAAUAAUAUGGUAGAAUUUUGCCUUAAGAUUUUAUUGGACAAUUAAAAAAUUUGACUCCAUCAAUUCAAAUCAUAAAUGCUUUUGUAGAUGCUGAAUUACCAAAUAUAACUGGUUUGCACACAGAUACUUUUAAGAAACGAUAGGAAAAUGAUUUUGAUUAAUUGAAAUAAUAAAUAGAGGAUUUAAAUCAGCAAUGUAAACAAACUCAUCUAUUCUAUUAAGAGAAAACAACUAAAAAGUCUUCUACAUAUAUUGAAUUACUCUAAUUGACAGCAAAGAAUUCUAUGAAAAUGUUUAUUUAAAGAGCGGAAAACAAACCAUUAUCAUCAAUAGAUGUUAAUACAGAUAAAUCUUAAAGAGAAAAUGAUUCAAAACUUAUAAACUUAAAAAAUGAAUUUAGCGAAUAAAUAAAUAAUUAAAGACAAGAAUAUGAGAAGUUGAAGAUUAAACUUUAAAAGCAGGAAUAAGAUUUUGAAUCAAAAUUAGUGGAAAUUGAUACCAAAAAUAGUUUAAUUGCAGAACUUUAGUAAAAAUUAGAAUUUGUAUAAAAUAACACAGUUAAAUUAAAAGAUGAUUUAAAUAAAUUUGUCAGUAAAUGUGAGAACUUGGAAAUUAAUCUAAUAUAGAAGAAUAGUGAAAUAUCUAAAUUACAAUAAUUGUAAAAAUAACUCAAUGAUUAAUUAACGUAAUCAAAGUAAAUUUAACAAGAUUUACUCAAGCAUAAAUAAUCAAUCUAAUAAUAAUAUGAGAAUCAGAAUGAUUAAAUCAAUGAAUUGGAUUUAUUGAAUAAAUAAUACUUAAAAUAAGUGUAGGAUUAUUACUCUUAGGUAGAGACAGUAUAAAAUGAAAAUGAAAAAAUGAGAUAGAAAAUAAAGAUGGUGGAAUUGGAAAGAGAUAAUAAAUCAAUAGAAUUGGAAAAAUAGAUUCAAGUCUAUAAUGAAUUGUUAGAAGAUUAUAUAGAAAAGAAUUCGAGAUUGGAAAAUUUGAGUGAAGAAUAAGAAAAAAAAGUCCAAAAGGACUAAAAAUUAGAAGAGGUUUGCAGGUCACUUUAAAAUAAAAUAGACAAUUUGGAUUUAGCUCUUUAAUAAAAGAAUAAUGAAAUAAUUUCAUUGAAAAAUCAAGACUAAUUACAAUUAUUGAAAUAACAGGAUGAUUUUAAUUAAAUUUAAUUACAAUAUGAGGAUAAAAUUAACUGUUUAACUUAGGAGAAUUUAGAGAUGACAAUAUAACUUUAAUCUUUAAAGGGUUAAAUUGAAUAUUUAAAUUAAAAAUAGAAAUCUGACAAUAUUAUUGAAGUUCAAUAAAAACUCAAAUUAUCUGAUCCUUAAUUUUAAUUUGAUUUGUCAAGCAUUUAAAUUGGCAAAUAGAGCAUAUUCAUACCAGCUUAAAAUGAUGUUUAUGUUCCAUUAAUAUUGAAGAACAUCUAGGUUUCAAACAUUUCAGAUGACUCUUUAUCAAACACUAGCAUAGAUACAUCAAUCAAAUAAAAAUUAUAUAGAGUUUAAUUAGCCUCAAUCCCAUAGACGUUAAGAGAAUUCAUUAUGUAAUUGAUAUCUAAUUUUUAGUGAUACUGGCUUACUGUUCAUAUCAGAGGUUAGUAACAUCACAGAGACAGAAGAGUACUUUUAGAUUAGUGUGAAACAACCAAAUUAUAUUAUAGGAUUCGAAGGUUAGGACAACCAGAUCAAAAGUUUUACUCUUUGA